AUAUUUAUCACUGUGCAUAACAUUGCAGCAUUGACUCUGCUUGACGUGUUUUUUUUUGGUGGCUCGCAAAAAUUCUUUGAGCAUCGAGAUUUAUCAGGAGCAGGAAGGGAGUCGCAGCAGCCGAACAAGCAGAACGAUGGCAACAAAUAGAAACGCCGGAAGAAGCCCUGGGAAGCAAUCCAAUACCAGCUCCGACAUGUCAUCGAGCCUUGACUCCUCCGAUGAGAGUUUUGACGGUUUUGACCGAAGUAUAAACAAAGACGAAAGUAAAGUGUCUUUAAAUAGCCAGCAAAACGAUACUGAAAAGAGUUACGAAACUAUCGUAGAUGAUUCCACCAAAUUGAGGCAACAAAAUGUGGAACCGAGAGAAGCUGGCAUUCUUGAUUAUAUUAAAUCCAAGCUACAGUCCUGGGAAUGGAAAGAAACAUUAUGGCCUUAUAUACGAGAUUUUGUUCCAAAGACUUGGUUCCAAGGACUAUGGUGUAUAGUAGGUGUUGCAUCUCUGGUGGGAGCAUAUCUGUUCUUAUAUGGGAAGGAACAAUGUGACAACUUCAUGUCACUGCAACCCAAGUACCCAAGCGUCGAUCCAAUGCUUUGGGCAACUUUGAAUGUCAGCUUUGCACGGGCCUUUAACCGAGAACCAGGAGAACCAUCCUCAAUUGUACUGCUCUACGAUAACACCGAUACCACCGUGCCUGUAGCAACAAAUUAUCUACUGAAAGACAUCGUUUCUUCAAAUUGUUUCAAAGAUCGUAAACCUGUUGCCCUAACGAAGACGGAAUUUUCGGAUAAGAAAUUCGUGGACGAUUAUCGGGAAUUCAUACACCGGUAUCGGGAAGAUAUACGGAAUCAAGGAGUUGUUAUUGUACAAGACCUACAUCAAAUUCCAGCGAAAACGGCUCCGGCCUUGUUUCCUUUCUGCGAUGUGUACAGCCCGGCGGUUCGCAAAGCAAUGUAUUUCUUCACCAUCGGUGUGGCUGCGGAGAACGUCACCAAGGAAGAACCAGUCGUGAUAGCCGAGCGAAUCCUGAAGCAGAACUGGAAGCAAGAAUUGAAUACCAACAAGCUCGAUCCGCUGCUUGCACGCCUCUUGGAAAACGUGUUCUGGAUUCGAUCAAAGUAAUAUUGCUACAAAUUUCGCAUUCCGAUGUUAACGGUUUUCGUUCAAUAUAUUUUUUAGAGGAUUUA